AUGCCUCGUUCCACCAAGGCAAGGAGAAGGACGCAAGGAGAAGGAGGCAAGGAGAAGGAGGCAAGGAGAAGGAGGCAAGGAGAAGGAGGCAAGGAGAAGGAGGCAAGGAGAAGGAGGCAAGGAGAAGGAGGCAAGGAGAAGGAGGCAAGGAGAAGGAGGCAAGGAGAAGGAGGCAAGGAGAAGGAGGCAAGGAGAAGGAGGCAAGGAGAAGGUGGCAAGGAGAAGGUGGCAAGGAGAAGGUGGCAAGGAGAAGGUGGCAAGGAGAAGGUGGCAAGGAGAAGGUGGCAAGGAGAAGGUGGCAAGGAGAAGGUGGCAAGGAGAAGGUGGCAAGGAGAAGGUGGCAAGGAGAAGGUGGCAAGGAGAAGGUGGCAAGGAGAAGGUGGCAAGGAGAAGGUGGCAAGGAGAAGGUGGCAAGGAGAAGGUGGCAAGGAGAAGGGGAGUGGUUUUGUGGAGGGUGCGAGUGGUUUUGUGGAGGGUGCGAGUGGUUUUGUGGAGGGUGCGAGUGGUUUUGUGGAGGGUGCGAGUGGUUUUGUGGAGGGUGCGAGUGGUUUUGUGGAGGGUGCGAGUGGUUUUGUGGAGGGUGCGAGUGGUUUUGUGGAGGGUGCGAGUGGUUUUGUGGAGGGUGCGAGUGGUUUUGUGGAGGGUGCGAGUGGUUUUGUGGAGGGUGCGAGUGGUUUUGUGGAGGGUGCGAGUGGUUUUGUGGAGGGUGCGAGUGGUUUUGUGGAGGGUGCGAGUGGUUUUGUGGAGGGUGCGAGUGGUUUUGUGGAGGGUGCGAGUGGUUUUGUGGAGGGUGCGAGUGGUUUUGUGGAGGGUGCGAGUGGUUUUGUGGAGGGUGCGAGUGGUUUUGUGGAGGGUGCGAGUGGUUUUGAGGAGGGUGCGAGUGGUUUUGAGGAGGGUGCGAGUGGUUUUGAGGAGGGUGCGAGUGGUUUUGAGGAGGGUGCGAGUGGUUUUGAGGAGGGUGCGAGUGGUUUUGAGGAGGGUGCGAGUGGUUUUGAGGAGGGUGCGAGUGGUUUUGAGGAGGGUGCGAGUGGUUUUGAGGAGGGUGCGAGUGGUUUUGAGGAGGGUGCGAGUGGUUUUGAGGAGGGUGCGAGUGGUUUUGAGGAGGGUGCGAGUGGUUUUGAGGAGGGUGCGAGUGGUUUUGAGGAGGGUGCGAGUGGUUUUGAGGAGGGUGCGAGUGGUUUUGAGGAGAGUGCGAGUGGUUUUGAGGAGAGUGCGAGUGGUUUUGAGGAGAGUGCGAGUGGUUUUGAGGAGUGUGUGUUUGCUUUGGGAGGAGAGUGCCAUCAAGAUAACAGCCAUGGUAAGUGA